CCGUCCAUCCGUCCGUCUGCCUGUCGGAUCCUCCCUCCAACCCUCAGAAUCAUCCCCGAGAGCCACUCCGGGCUGGGAAAACAGAGACGGAGGGGGAAAGUGAGAGAGCCAAAAAUACACGCAGACACCCCACAUCACCUAGACUACCUGCUCCGGCUCAACAAGGGGAGGAGGACGCACAAGUGCAGGCGCGCCCGUGCGUGCCAACUGAGCUAGACGAUUAAAGGAUAACAACACAGUGAAAACUGGAAUGAGAGUUUAGCUUAGACACUCUUUGGGGCGAAGAUCUCAUCUUUGCUGCGAGAAUCAGCCUAAAUGAGGACACGCUGAGAGGAGUCAUGCAUCUCAACAGAGAAGAAGAUAGCAGCAAAGGUUCAUUGUCUCCCAGUGUAUUCCUGGUGUCUUUGGCAUUUCUAGUAUGUACCCUUUGGCUGGUAGCUCUAUGUGGUGUCUGCACGUGGUGUCAGCGUAAACUGGGAAAAAGGAAUAAGCCCGGCGUGGAAGCUGCCAAUUCUCCAGAGUCUGUGAGAGGUCGAGGGGAAAAUAAAGCUAUCAAUGAUCUUGACAGAGACUUUUGGAAUAACAAUGACAGCAGCAAUGUGCAACAGAGGUGGAGCUCCUACCCACCAAAGGAGUUUCUCUUAAACAUGUCUCCCUAUGCUCCCUAUGGAGACCCUCGCCUCACACCCAACGGGGCUGUGGAUAAGAGUGGGCAGGGCGGAGCUGGGCCCUCACCGGGGGCCAGCGACAGCGGGGUCGCUGCUUGCUCUGGGACUGGGCCAGGACCCAGUCGCAGUGACAGCAUUCGAAGCAUGCUGACUGGGGGAAGCAGGGCUGGGCGUUGGCAGACUGUCCAGAGCCACAUGCACGCAGGAGGCCUGCGGUUUAGCAAUUUUGGGGAUGCUUCCCUCUCAACUACCUCCACACUGGAGCACAUCCCAUCUUCAGCAGUGGCACGCCCCCGGCCCCUGGUCCGGCAGCAAAGCCUUCAACAGCCCCUCACCCACCGGCCCCCUCCGGGUCCUAACGACCCCCCUGUCACCUCGCAGAGCCUUGGCCAACUGCACACAGGCCCAGGUGCUGGUGGCCACCGUGGGGGCCCUCGAGGGGUCCGAGGGAGUACGACUGGAGCACAGCGGUACAGAGGGGCAGGGGCGGGCCGCUCCAGGUCAAAUCCAGGCAGCUGGGACCACAUGAUGGAGCAGAUCCGCAACAGAGGGUUGGACGUCAAAUCAUUUUUUGAGGGGAAGAUGGUUGUUUUGUCUCUAGCAAUUGGACUGGCCGAACAAGAUGACUUCGCUAAUCUCCCUGACCUACAGGAAGCGCCAGCAAGCAUAGAGAAUGAAAUCACACCAGAGAAGAGGACUCCGGGUAACAAACCAGGCAGCAGCCCUAGAGGUCACACCCCAGAUGAGAGUGGACGCCGCCAGGGCUCGGGCCACGAUGCCAACUCAUCCGUCUCCGAUUUAGCCAACUCGGUCACCAGUGAAAUGCUCAUGCUGUCUCCAGGUUCAGAAGAAGAUGACCACGAGGGUCCAGUAUGUGAGAAGUUGGGUCGCAUUCAGUUCAGUGUGGGAUACAGCUUCCAGGACUCUACCCUCACUGUCAAAAUCCUCAAGGGCCAGGAAUUGCCUGCCAAGGACUUUUCUGGUACUUCUGACCCCUUUGUCAAACUGUACCUGCUGCCUGACAAAAAGCACAAACUGGAGACCAAAGUGAAGAGGAAGAAUCUGAAUCCACAUUGGAAUGAGACCUUUCUGUUUGAAGGGUUCCCUUUUGACAAAGUGGUCCAGAGAACUCUAUACCUGCAGGUGCUCGAUUACGAUCGCUUCAGUAGGAAUGACCCCAUCGGAGAGGUGUCCAUCCCCCUCAAUAAAUUGGAUCUGGCCAACAUGCAGACUUUCUGGAAGGAGUUGAAACCGUGUAGCGAUGGGAGUGGAAGCAGAGGGGAUCUGUUGGUGUCUUUGUGCUACAACCCUACUGCCAACACUAUCACUGUGAGCAUUGUCAAAGCCCGUAACCUCAAAGCCAUGGACAUUGGAGGCACUUCUGACCCCUAUGUGAAGGUGUGGUUGAUGAACAAGGACAAGCGUGUGGAGAAGAAGAAGACAGUGGUAAUGAAGCGUUGUCUCAACCCUGUUUUCAAUGAGUCCUUUCCCUUCGACGUCCCUGCCCACGUGCUAAGGGAGACCACCAUAAUUAUCACUGUCAUGGACAAGGACAAGCUUAGUCGCAAUGAUGUCAUUGGAAAGAUUUAUCUCUCAUGGAAGAGUGGCCCCGCGGAGGUAAAACAUUGGAAAGACAUGAUGGGUCACCCUCGCACUGCCGUGGCCCAGUGGCAUGCACUCAAGGCCUGAGGGAGCGAGCAGGCUCUGUUCCCUCUGCCGUCAACACACAUCUCCUGCUCGAGCUGCAGUCACGGGCUGCAGACAGUGUGUGUCACCUCUUUGUUCUCAGGCCUCUUUGAAAUCAUGUACUCCUAAAUUUCACCCCUUGUCAAGCAGUGAUACCCACUUGACCCCCUCUCAUUCCUCUGACCUUUAAAUGUAUUUGAUGUCCACCCACCUCCUCCUUGUACUGUCUUUCGAUGGGGUUUUUCUUUUUGUCUUAAGAUACCACUGUGUCCUUCUUGUCAACCACUCCCAGUGUUAAACACCAGAGCAGUACCUCUUGCCACGCAAGAAUACAAACUCUUAACCAAAAAUUGGAUGAAAAUAUGAAUCAAAACUUGGUGAUAACCUUACAGGUAUGAAAUGGCCCUAUGCGCCAAAGGCACUGCCCCAUCUGACGUUGGAGUAAGGGAGUAUGCUUCUUACCUGCUCUACUCUGCUGUUGCUGUCACUGCCAGUCUAUAUCCUGAUAAUGCCCCAAGAAUCAGGAAGUGGAUAAAUGGAAUGGGCUCCAUUUAAAACUGAAUGGAAGUAAAGCGAACUUUUUGCUGUGGCAGCUGUGUAAUCAUAUACCUUGGCUGGAGCCCCUUGUUGUUUGUGCGUGUUGUGGGUGAUGUCGUGUGACCCCAAAAUUAAGUUUUUCAACAAAAAAACAAAAAAAGCUAAAGUGUAUAAACACUGUCCUGGUUGUUUGGACAGAAAAAGACAAGAAGUUAUCGAUGUGUUACCUAUUGUUUACAUAAAAAAAUAUUAAUAACUAACAGUAAGUAAAAGCCAGCUUCACAAUGUGGAUGUUUGUGGUAAUCAUUGGAUAAAUGAGGAUGCAUUUUGGGUUUGAUGAUAAAAUGUUCUAAAAGAGUAUUUGCACCUUCAUACAGUAUAUUCUUUUUUUAAAAAUACUUUCCCCACUUUAAUGUUUAAAAUCAUGAGACAAAUGUAAAUAUCAGACUACAAAGACUCAAGUAAACAUUAAAUGUCGUUGAAUUAUGAUGUUAUUAGUUAAGGGGGAAAAAUAUUAAAAACUACCUAGUCAUGUUUGAAAAAAGUAUUGCCCCCUUUGUUAAAUUAUGAGUUAAGUGUGGCCAGUCACAUUUUUUAAAAGCAUUUUUACUGAUCACAUCCUGGCCUGAUCGACCCCAGACCUGUUCAUUCGACUAUCCUUUUAAUAGUAACUGUCCUACAAAUUAAAUUGGGCAUAUCUCAAAAUUGUGCAGCUAAAUGCUACAAUCCAAGCAAAUUAAAAAACAGUUGUGAAUUAAUUCAUUGGCUACGACUGACGAUGCUAGACGUCCAAGCUAUUUUGACUGAGAGAGGCUAGCAGCGAAUGAUCGCUGUCAGGCCUCCCAGUCAAAUGGAUUGGACGUCUAGCGCUGUUAAUGUCACUGAAGCAUUAGCAUUCACAGCCAGUCCUCCCCAUUAACAUGAAUAGGUUUUCUAUGGUUAUCAUUGAGAGCCAAUGAGUUAAAGUUAGAAAGUAAGUCAUCAGUAAGAUCUAUUGUUCACAAAUGGAGAAAACUCCAGUUGUAUCUUAAAGGUAAACACAGUGAUGGUAGUGUCUAAAAUGCAUUAUUAUUAUUAUUAUUAUGAUAUUGGGCUGCUUUGCCACUUUAGGACAGAGAUGACAUGCAAGUAAGUGAUUUAGGCGUCCAUCCAUUUUGAACACCACUUAUACUGGUCAGGGUUGCAGGGUGCUGGAGCCUUUCCCAGCUGACUCCGGGCGAAAGGCAGUCACUUAAACUGGUUGCCAGUCUGUAGGGCACACACAGAGAAAGAGACCCAGUCACACGUAGUGAUUGAUUGAAUCAUGGAUUCUGCUCAACAGAAUAUUCUGAAGGAGUGUUCAGGCAUUAGUUCAUGACAUCAAGCUUAAGCACACCUGGGUUCUGCAGCAGUACUAACCAAAUUACACCAGCAAUCACACUUCAAAAUGGUUUUAAAGGGAAAAAACAAAGAUUUGAAAUGGCCUAGUCAAAGUUUAAGCUUGAAUCUGAUUAAUACAAGGGUAAGUCAAUAAGUAUCUGCACUCGAUUUUUAUUAUUUGAUACAACAACAAUACAAAUGUUCUAUUUACACAAUUUUUCAACAUAGACGCCCUGAUUUUUUUAGGAUGUGUUCAUACAUCACUUUUUUUUGCCUUGGAUUUUUGCAUUAUUGUUUGUCCACAUCGCCUCUUUUUGAAUGCGCUGUUUUGUGUUAGUUAGAUCAGUGAUAUGGUUGGCAACCAUCACAGCCUGGUCAUUCUGAAAAGUGUAACCUUCCCUCCCGUGGUCCCUUCUCAAGGUUUAGUUUAGCUUUUUUUCAUCAGAUGAUUUUUGUUGUUGUUUUCAGUUAGUUUUUUCUUGCCCAUUGAUAGGGUAGAUCAGGGAUGUCAUUAUGCUUUUUAUUUUUCUGUGAAGCCCUUUGAGAUCUUCUGAUGAUUUAGGGCUAUAUGAUUUACUUAACCUACCUUAACUUAUUGCCAGUUAUGGAAAAUGCUUUAAUUCUGUUGUUGCUGUUAAAAAUGGUCCAGCCAGUAUUAGGUUUAACGGCCAAUUACUUUUUUCACAUGAGGCCAAAUAGCUUUGGAUAGUAUAUUUUCCUUAGUAAAUGAAAUCACAAUUAUCAAAAAUUGCAUUAUAUAAUUACUUGCCUUAUCUUUUUUAUUUAUAUUGCUUGAUCAUGAUAGAUAUUAAAGUGGAGAAACUAUGCAAAAAAGAAUUUGAGAAAGAAGCAAAUACUUUUUUCAUGGCAUUUUAUGUUAAAACAUCUAAUAACAAUUUCUAAAAAUCCAAAGAAAACUAAAUAAUACAAACCCCAAUUUAAAUGACAUUGGUGUUUUGUGUAAAACAGAUCAAAAAGACUACAGGCAUUUGCAAAUCCUUUUCAGGUUACAUUCAAGUGAAUGUUUUUUUUAUUAUUAUUAUUAUUAUUUAUUUUAUUUACUCCAUUUGAAUUUGGCGAUUCAUUCAUUCAGUUGGGCGAAAAAAAUUUUUUCCCCAUUCUUGCUUGUUGAACAUUUUCAGUUGCCUAAGAGUUUGGGUCGAUGGGAUUGUAUUUUGUGCUUCAUAAUGCAAACACUUUCAAUGUCAGAAAGGUCUGGACUGCAGGUCAGUCCAUCUCAGAUGAACUCAGGCCCAAAGAAGUCAGCUCUGUAUGUGUUGUGUGUGGUGUUUGUUUUGCAUGGUGGAGUUUUAACUUGCAUUUGUAGAUGUUUCAACAAACUGUGUUAACUUACUUUGGUUUUAUGUAGAGUUCCUGACCCCCAUUGGCAAUAUGCUAAACACAGUGGUGCUGCUUUUAAUGCAGUGCCAAUUGCAGAAUCAAAGGUCACGUGUGUUCAGGUAUGGUUUUAAGUUGGGCUGUCUCAAUCGCUUAUUUUUGUACCCGGGUCUCAGUCACUUGAUUUUGAGAAUCUGCAGAUACAGAGUUCGGAUCUGGAAAAAAAAGUUUUAUUUAUUUAUUUUUUUAUUUGAACAAAAGUUCUAAACGUUACAGUACUGUACUAUGUAGAGUACUUCCUCUUUUUCCAGGAGUGUUGCGGAAGAUAAAAUAUAUAUUUUUGUUUCUUUUGGCA